AGAUAUUUAUUAACAAAAUAUAUUACUGAUAUUAUGAGAUAAGAAAAGAUAAAUUGAAAGUUACUGUGCCGCUUGAAUAACUACGUAGAACAAAUUGAAGGAUACGAGUAAAAGUAUGCGAAAGAGAGUGAGUACAAACUCAAGUGUGGUGGGAUCGACAGUAUUAUUAGCGGUGUCAUUUUUCAGUCUACUACAGUCUUGUUUCAGCAUUCUUACAAAAUACCUCGAACAUGGCCUUAAACUCGAGUGUACUUCUUCCCACUGGGCAGACAAUGCCCAUCUUGGGAUUUGGAACUUGGAAUGCAAGCGAAAAGGAGUUGGAAACAGUAUUGGAUAUAGCCUUGGAAGCAGGAUAUAGGCACAUAGAUACAGCUCCGAUAUAUCAAAACGAGCGUGCUAUCGGUAAUGUUCUGAAGAAAUGGUUGAGCUCGGGUAAAAUCAGUCGAUCUGAGCUGUUUAUCGUAACAAAGCUUCCACCUAGUGGUAACAGGCCGGAAGAAGUAGAAAAAUGGCUUAAAAGAUCGCUUGAUAACUUGCAAUUGACCUAUUUGGAUUUGUAUCUGGUGCAUACUCCAUUCGCUUUUGAAGAUGCCGGGGAAGAACUGCAUCCCGAGAAUGAGAAAGGAGAAAUAAGAAUUGACGCAAGCACGGAUCACUUGAAAAUAUGGUCGGCAAUGGAGAAACAAGUGCGAGAGGGGCGUACCAAAGCGAUUGGAUUGUCGAACUUUAACAUUUUCCAGAUAAAGAAAAUUCUGACCAAUGCUAAAUUGCCUAUCUCGAAUUUGCAGAUCGAAUUGCACGUAUAUUUUCAACAGAAAGAUCUGGUGAAAUUUUGUCAAAAGAAUAAUAUCACAGUGACAGCAUAUUCACCUUUGGGUUCACGCGGAUUGGUCAAACAAUUGGGAAGAACAGACACUGUGCCAGAUUUAUUGGACAAUCACAUUGUGCUAGAAAUGGCAGAAAAGUACAAGAAAACUCCUGCUCAAAUAUUACUCAAACAUAUCAUUCAAAAAGGUAUAACAGCCAUCCCGAAAAGUACAAAUCCUACAAGAAUUAAACAGAACAUACAACUAUUUAAUUGGGAACUUCAACACGAAGAUGUCCAAAAGUUAAAUGGCCUUGACAUGGGAGAAUCUGCACGAAUAUGCGACUUUCAUUUUCUUAAGGGUGUCAAUAAACACCCGGAAUAUCCCUUCUAAAACUAUGCUGUUGAUGUUUUUCAUAUUACACUGUUGAUGUUUUUCAUAUUAUGUUAUUAUAUCAAGCAAUAAUUUUUAAAAUGUUAUUACUAUAUAAUUAUUCUAAUAUUACAAUUAUAUUGAAAUGUUAUUGUUAUAUAAAAUUUCACCUCAAUAUUUCUGUCCAUUAAAAUUUAUUAUAAUUUAUCGACAUUUGUUAUGUAAUUAUCAUUCCCUUUAAUCAUAAUACUGAAGCAACUGCAUAUCCUGAAUGUGAAAAAACAUUAGUAUACAUUUUAUACAUUGUAAUAAUAAUUGCAUAAAUUUGCAUUAUUAUAGAUAUGUGCAUUCAGGUUGUGUAUCAUAUUCUCACAGAUCAAUUAAUCGUUUUUUUGGAGACCAAUAUAAUGUUUUCUCCUUCACACAUUUCUUUUUUCCUAAUAACUCCUUGUAACCGAGAGCGUCGUUCUAUAUAUCGAUAUUUUCCUAAUGACCCAUUUUUGUUUCUAUUUUCAAAAAUUUUCAAAUAUAGUCAACGAUAUUUCGCAUUUCCAUCGUAGUAAGCUAUUGGAACUCUUCUCGUGUGACAGUUAACGGCCAGAAAAAAUCAACCAAGUAUUUGAGGUUAUAUACACAAUAUAGGUUACUUUCACACGUUACCUACUUUCACGCCGGUAAUUUCAAUGAGAUUUUGUUGAUUCUCGGCUUUUUCCGUUGCCGUUAAUAAGGCAGGCCAGCAGACACUCUUAUUAUACUCACAACUAUCAGAAAUCCUCGAUUUACAUUCUACACACAGCAUGUACUGGUUACGUUCAGUUCAGCACUCCGUGCUACAUUAGCGCUUAACACGCAUAUGCAACUUACACUGCCAAUGAAACAAGAGAAACGAAACGUUUAAUCGAGAUAUAUCAAUAUUUACUUGGCAGAUUAACUUCUUUUUUUUUUCAACAAGAACGUGGCAGCACAUUUCUCUCUAUAUCCAUAGGCAUAUAUUAUUAAAAACUUAGCAUUUGGCAAAUUAUUUUCUAUAACACAGUACAAUGAACUAAAAACAUAUAAUGAUAAAAUUGAAAACAUUAAUUGACAAAUAACACAAGUAUGCCUUAAUAUAUACAUAUAUAUAUUAUAGAUAUAUAUAUAUAUAUAUGUAUAUAUUUCUAUACAGCUAUUUAAAAUAGAUAAUACAUAACGAAUAUCUCGGAUAAUCUUCGGCUUACUUGUUAGCACUGAUACUGACUACAAAAUGACUAAACAUUCACAUUGUACAAUGUUAUGUGUGUGUACAUUUAGUGUCACUUAAAUUCAA